AUGGCGGUAGCGACAAUCGCGGCGCCGAGCUCGGCCGGCGGGCUGCUGGCAAUGCUGAACGAGCCGCACCCAGAGCUGAAGCUGCACGCCCUCGGCAACCUCAAUUCGCUCAUCCAUCUCUUCUGGCCCGAGAUCUCCACUAGUGUCCCUGCCAUGUGAGUGAAUCCGCUCCUUCCGCCCUUGCGUGCUUCUCUGUUUUUUCUCUUAAUUAUUUAUUUUGGUUUAUAUGGGUGAAUUUCCGUACUAUUCAUGCGGUGGAGAUAAUUCGAUAGGGUUUUAGAAGCUUGCGUUGCACUCCGGGCUGUAGGUCUUAUGGGUCCUCUCUGAACGAGGGAAGGAAAAUUACUUAGUGUUGUAGUGUGGGACUGCGGGCCGGGAAUUCGGGAGGAUUCUGCUAAAAUGCGGGUGUAGAGUGUAUACAGAGGAAAGAAGAAUGUCAAUGUGGCCUUGGUCCUUUUUGAACUUUUUUCCUUCCCUUUUUUUUCUUUUUUAUCGUGCUACGAACUCUGUAUCAGUUAGGCUGUGUUCUGAACCGUAUUUUCACUCUUUUCCUUUUUUAACCGUAGUGAGAGCUUGUACGAAGAUGAAGAGUUCGAGCAGAGACAGCUAGCGGCACUGGUGGCAUCCAAGGUUCAGUAAUACCUUUCAUUAAAUGUGUUAAGCCACGGUUUCGGUGCCUCCGUAAGCUUGUCUUUUUAAGAACGUUAUUGAUGACUAAAGCUCUCAUUUUCCAAUCCUUGUUUCAUAUCACUUUGAUUUCGACCUGCCAUACUCAACAUAUGCAAAUGCGAAUCCCAACAUAAUUAAGUGCCAUUUAGAGUGUUUCGUCCACUCAAUUGGGCUUCUUGGUUGAAUCAUCAGAGUCAUAUUAUAGUCUCUGGUUCUUAUUUUGCCGAUGAAUAUCUCGGUUUACAAUUUCGCUUUGGAGAAUCAACCUCCUAAGUUAUAAGGAUGUGUGUAGAUGUCGUACUUUCCCUUGUCAGGGAUGAUUUGGAAGACCUGUGAGCAUAUUGGUGCUCCGAAAAACUUUGGACCACAUAAGAUAGCAUUGAACAAAUAUUUAAUGAGCUGUAUCUUUUUCAUGGAGUUAUGUCCUGAUGAUGUUACGAUGAUAAUGUUUGAAGAAAAAUCAUAUGCCAAAUUAUGAUGCCAUAUAGUUUGUUCUUCAGUGAUCACGAACUCUCACGUGUACGUGAUCGUCCAGUGAUCAUAAGCGGCCAAUUAUCUGCGAUGACCUUGACUUGUGUAAAUAAACUUCUGUAUUUUCCCCUGGCUCAAAUUGUGGUCGUAAGGUAUAUCUUGUUUUCUCGACAGCAACACCUACAGCCUUUAUUUAUCAUGCACAUCUUCCCUUACUUGAGUGUCUUACAGUUAUCGGAUCAGAACUUUUUUGGGUGAUAGUGGCCAAAGUUGAUGGCUUUAAUCAAUUAAUGAAGAAGCAUCUGAUGUGCUUAAGAGAAUCCUAGUCUGAUUCAUGAUAUAUUUGUUUAGUGAGCCAAAAAUUAUCGUUUGAUGGGGCAAUUAAGGGCUCAAUCGACCUGGAGUUGGCCGAUUCUAGAUUAGUCAGCCAUAAAACUGCCAAUUCUGGAUAGGGGGACCAGAAAACACCAACUUCUGUAUGGAUAUGCUAAAUUGAUCAGUCCUCGGCAGAUUAGCCAAUCCCUGGUCGAUUCAACCCAGUCUAGCUGCCCAGCACUUUGGCUGGCUAGAGAAGGUUAUAAUAAAUUGUGAAGGGUAACUUAUAUUCCAUCUGUCUUUUUGGCGGAUCUGAUUCUGAGCGUAAUCUGGAUCAGAUAGAACCUGGGAUCUCUGACAACCUGAUCUGAUAUGAAUCACCAUGAAUGCAGCAUGACGAUAAACUUUUUGACACCCAUAUGCAUUACUAACAGAGUAGAAAUAAGGCGUACAUCAAGGGAUUAUAUACAGUGAUGAAAGGUGCAUGACUGUGCCAUUUUUAGGCAACAAUUCAUACUUUCGACUUCCUACUCAAUUCCACGGCCAUUUGUUGUCACGUUUUCAUAUGUGAAGACUGUCAAAUAAUUCUCUUUAAAUGCAUUCAUGCCUGGAUGAUACUGUCUUUACAUGUAAAGGUAGGACUUUUGUACUGGGUGGAUAUGAGGGCAGGUCGACUUGGAAAUUGGAACACGGUAUAACUAAUUGCAAAAAAAAGAAAUAUUUCUUUGUUUAGGUCUUCGAAUUCUUUCAUCUUUUGAUUGAUUGGUAAUCAAUUCUCUGGUCUGAGUACGCUACUUUCAGCUCUUUUUUAUUGAUGAUCUGUUUGACUGAAACGCCAUAUCAUGUCUAUGUUGUGGUUGUAGCUGUUGUGGCAUUCUUUUUUUGUUUAAUCCUGUAAAUCUUUGCUGAGCUGGUGUCUCUCAUGAAAACUGGAGAUAGCGUUGUCGUUGAUCUAAUAUGAGCAUUACUAACGGAUGAAGUUGUUAUUCGCCAGUUAAAAAUUCCAUUUUCUUGAGUUCACUCCACUUGGCAUAUUCUACUUCCGUUGACAUUGAUCUUAAUUUCUCUCUUUCUAACAGGUCUUUUUCUACCUUGGUGAACUUAAUGAUUCCUUAUCCUAUGCGCUUGGAGCUGGACCGCUAUUUGAUGUUGCUGAUAAUUCUGACUAUGCUCAGACUCUUCUUGGUAGGAGUGGCACUUCGUUCAUUGCUGGUCUUAUUCUCUUUUGAGAUGAAUCCUGAUUUAUCUCCCCCUCAAUUUCAGCCAAAGCUUUAGACGAAUAUGGAACCCUUAGAUCCCAAAAUUUUAAGUCAAAUGAAGAAGCUGCUAAAAUUGAUCAUAGGCUGGAGGCAAUCGUGGAAAGAAUGCUUGAUAAGUAUGUUACCUUUCGUUCUAUUCAUCUAUUUCUAUUGAUUUAUAUUCAUUUUGCCAAUAAACAUGAUCUUAUUUCCUUAAUUUGUACUUUCUGCUGAUAUUUUUCAUCUUGUAGGUGUAUUUCAGAUGGAAAAUUUCAACAAGCAAUGGGAAUGGCUCUUGAAUGUAGACGAUUGGAUAAACUAGAGGAAGCAAUAAUGAGCAGUGCUAAUGUCCAUGGUGCGCUCUCAUAUUGCGUUAACCUCUCCCACUCCGUUGUUAACCACAGAGAAUAUCGUUCUGAGGUAUGAAUAUUUUCCCAUUAUUAUGGUCACAGAGAAGCAAUUAAAUGUAAACUAUUUUCUUCAUUAAAUACAAACGCUCCUUCAAAAACCAUAGCAUGCCAUUGUAUUUUACUACCCCAUUUCCCAGAAGAAAAGUUGUGCUUCCCAUCAGAACCAUAUCCUUGCUUCCACACAUCUGAAAAAAACCACAGUGCUUAUUUUCUUAACUUUUAACUCUUAAGAGAUCUCUGGACAAGUGAUUAGUUGAUAAGAAUGAAUAUUGGUUCCUUUUACUCUUUUUGAGAACUACUAUUUUAUAUUCUUAGUGAGGAUCUGCCAUCCCAUUAUCCACAUGUAAUGUACCAACAAUUAGAAAGUUUGAAGGUUACCUGGGUGAAAAUGGAUGGCAUGUAUGCUGUUCACUUCACUAAAUUUUCUAAGAAGUGGUUACCCAUUGGGAAGACAGAGAAUCACAUAGGAUUCCUAUUUUUUUUUCUUUUGGGUUAUCUGCCAUUUUGAUGUCUAUUACAGUAAGAGUAUAGAAUCUUAUUUGGCUAACUGAUGACGUUGUGCCAUUUUUUCUCUAAAAUAAACUAAUGUUUGAGGCUACUUAAUGACUUUGGGUGAUUAAUUAAUAUCUAUCGGCUAGUUAUUUUUGUGGCACUUUGUUUACGUUUAGAUUAUCUGUGAUAUUGACAGGAGGCGCAAAUGAUCUAGAGAGGGUCCUACUUAUCCAUCUCCAUUUUCACAAUCUUUAUGCAUCACUGUUGCACUGUCUGGCAGGUUCUUCGGCUUCUUGUUAAAAUUUAUCGAAGAUUGCCUUCUCCUGACUACCUGAGCAUCUGCCAGUGCCUUAUGUUUCUAAAUGAGCCAGAAGCUGUUGCUACCAUACUUGAGAACCUUAUUUUGUCUGGAUGCAAGGUACUUUCCCGGUCACCUCCUUAAUAAACAUUUAUUGGCUUUGAAACUAUGAAAAAUUGGCUAAUGAACCUUGUGUAUAUUUUUCAGGAUGAUGCUCUUCUGGCCUUCCAGAUAGCCUUUGAUCUUGUAGAAAAUGAGCAGCAAGCUUUCCUGUUGAAAGUGAGAGAUCGUCUCCCAAAAAACAAGUCCCCUGAUUCAAACGAACAAUCUUCAGAGGUCACCAACGAAAGAACUGCAGGGCCAGAUUCUCCAAAUGCAGUCGCUACAACAGCUGGUGCUGAUCCGACAAAUGCUGCAGAGGUUAUUAGUGUGAAUGGUUCCCAUGCUUCAGAUGGGAUUUCUCAUGAGGUCGAUUCUAGUGAUUUUGCAAAACUGAAGGGUAUCUUAUCUGGACUGACGUCAAUACAGCUAAACCUGCAAUUUCUGUAUAGCCAUAACAGGUCAGAGGCAGAUAUAUAUGGCCAAUGCAUUUUAUUUUUGUUUGCGCCAGCAAAUUUAUUUUAACGCUCAAAACUUUUUUAUAGGUCUGAUCUCCUUAUUCUAAAGACAAUAAAGCAGUCAGUGGAGCUGAGAAACAGUGUUUGCCACAGCGCAACGAUAUGUGCUAAUGCAAUGAUGCAUGCAGGAACAACAGUGGACACGUUUCUAAGAGAAAACCUGGUGAUUAGCCGUCCGCUUAUUAGAUAUUUCCUACUUUAUAUGGUCAAAACUUUUUAUCACCUCAAAAUCUGCUUACCACUUGUCACCUGACUAUGUAGGAAUGGUUAAGCAGGGCAACAAAUUGGGCUAAAUUCAGUGCCACUGCUGGGCUAGGUGUCAUUCACAAAGGUCACCUUCAACAAGGGAGGUCACUGAUGGCACCAUACCUACCUCAAAGAGGUUCAACCGCUGGGUCAAGCCCAUACUCAGAAGGUGGUGCUCUUUAUGCUCUGGGUUUGAUUCAUGCCAACCAUGGUGAAGGUAUCAAGCAGUUUCUUCGUGAAAGUCUCCGAAAUACAAGCUCUGAGGUGCUCCUUUGUCUCUGAUUUUAGUUCAUUUUACAUGUCAUGUAAGUUCUUUUCUGCAGUUCUCAAAUGGUCCCAAUGAUGUAGGUGAUCCAACAUGGUGCUUGCUUAGGUCUUGGAUUGGCCGCCCUAGGAACUGCUGAUGAAGAGAUAUAUGAGGAUGUAAAAAAUAUCUUGUACACAGAUAGUGCUGUGGCUGGCGAAGCUGCUGGUAUCAGCAUGGGUUUACUUAUGGUUGGGACUGCGAGCAAUAAGGCAAGUGAGAUGCUGGCAUAUGCACAUGAUACGCAGCACGAGAAGAUAAUCAGGUUAGAGGAUUCUGCACUCAUUAAGAUAGAUGAUUGAAGACUUUGGAAUUUUCCACAAUGGUUUUCGGCUACUGUUUUCGUUUUUUUCCCCCCAUUUAUUUCCAUUUAGAUAUGAAUUCCGGGAAUCUCCAUGCUUAUUUUAUUUUACGUUCAAAAUGUAUGCCAGAGGAGUUUGUAUUUUACCACGAAAUAAAGCCUUGCAGACUAUAUGAUCAUGCUUUCAAAGUAUCGAAUAUGCAUUCGCAUUAUGUUGCAUAGAUUCUCUUUUUCUUUAUUCUUUUUGUGAAGAGCAUUAAUUCAUGUCUUGCCUGGCAUUUAACAGGGGCUUGUCAAUGGGAAUUGCAUUGACUCUCUAUGGCAGAGAGGAAGAAGCUGAUACUUUGAUUGAACAAAUGACAAGGGAUCAAGAUCCAAUCCUUCGUUAUGGUGGGAUGUAUGCUUUGGCAUUAGCUUAUAGGGGGACUUCGAACAACAAGGCGAUCCACCAAUUGCUGCAUUUUGCUGUAUCGGAUGUGAGUGAUGAUGUAAGACGAACAGCCGUGUUAGCCCUCGGAUUUGUUCUAUAUUCAGAACCAGAACAGGUUGGAAUUGUUUCUUCUCUCUGAUUUUUUUCACAGUAGUUAAAUUAUCUGUUAAUCAUCAUUCAUGCGGGCCGAUUACUAACUCAAGGUUGACGAGUUCUGCCUUUGAAACCCACUUCUUUUUUCACAUGAAUGAAGAUCACCGCUAAUUUUCUCCCUCUGCAUCUGGCGGAGUAAACAUGUUGUGAUGGAAAAUUAGAAAGGCUUCUUCGCAAGCAGAUUACAAUAAAGCUGACUGAUUUUUUGAAAAAUCGAAUAUCUCACUAGAAUAGUCAUCUCAGAUCAUUUUUCUCUUAGUAUAAGACGUUUGAUUCUAACUCUGCAGACUCCAAGAAUCGUCUCCCUGCUCUCUGAGUCCUACAACCCCCACGUACGAUAUGGUGCAGCUCUAGCAGUCGGCAUUUCCUGCGCAGGCACUGGUCUUAGCGAGGCUAUAUCAUUGUUGGAGCCUCUUACGUCGGAUGUCGUGGACUUUGUUCGCCAGGGGGCUCUCAUGGCAAUGGCUAUGGUCAUGAUCCAAGUCAACGAGUCAUACGACUCCCGGGUUGGAGCCUUUAGGUAUGCUUCUCUGAGGCUGCUUCAGCCUCAUCCCUCUCCCUCAUGGCAUGCCCGUGCACCUAACUUCGCUUCUUGUGGCCGAUGUCGUCAGGCGUCAGCUGGAGAAGAUCAUCCUCGACAAGCACGAGGAUACAAUGAGCAAGAUGGGCGCCAUUCUAGCCUCUGGUAUUCUUGAUGCUGGUGGGCGGAAUGUUACCAUCCAGAUGGCGUCGAAGACGAAUCACGAUAAACUCACCGCCAUCGUUGGGCUCGCGGUUUUCAGUCAGUACUGGUACUGGUAUCCGCUUGUUUAUUUCAUCAGCCUGGCAUUCUCCCCAACUGCGUUCAUCGGGCUCAACUAUGAUCUGAAAGCCCCGAGGUUCGAGCUCUUGUCCAAUGCAAAGCCGUCUCUCUUCGAGUACCCCCGUCCUACUACGGUGCCCACAUCUUCAUCGGCGGUUAAGCUCCCCGCCGCCGUCCUGUCGACGUCUGCCAGAGUGAAAGCAAGAACCAAGAAGGAAGCCGAACUGGCGGCUGGUGCUGAGAAAUUAUCGACUGAGAAGGCUUCUUCGGGUCCGGGGAAAGUCCAGAAGUCUUCAGAGAAAGAUGCCAGUGCCAUGCAAGUAAGUUUGCACUUUGAUUGCUGAGGAGGGUUGAUGAUUACUCUGUGACUCAUGUCUCGUCAGGUUUUGUAGAAAGAAAAGCUUUCCAACCAUUCUAGAUAACGUGAAAAACCUGCAUCUCUUCCAUUACAGGUGGAUUCUGUACCGGGACAGAAGGCAGACAGUGAGCCAAGCUCUGAGAUUCUCAUAAACCCUGCAAGAGUUCUCCCCGCCCAGGAGAAGUACGUGAAAUUUCUGGAAGGGAGCAGAUACGUUCCGGUGAAGAAGAGGUUCACGGGCAAGCCGGCAACCUCCGGAUUUGUUCUCUUGAAUGAUCUCCAGCCCUCAGAAGCCGAGGUGCUAUCGCUGACCGAUGCGCCCUCGGCUGGCCCCGCCGCCAGUGGUGGCCAAUCGUCGGCGGCGGCGGGGCAGCCGGGCUCUGCCACUGUGGCCGACGAGGAGCCCCAGCCACCCCGGCCAUUUGAAUUCUCAUGA